AAAAAAAUGUAUAGAGAUAAAUGUGGAGCAGCAGUGUUAUGAGGAAUCUAUACGCAUUUUUUUUCUUGCCACUUCUGGGUGGAUCAUUGGAUCUUCACCCAGUGCUAAAUGGGCCUGACAUGGCAUACCUUGGUUCGGAAGUAGUUUUUCAAUGCAUGGCGCCCGACUCCUUUCUGCCGGUCACAUAUGAACUCAGAAGAGACGGUCUACUGAUUGACAUGAGAGAACAUCACCAUGAGAAACGGCCUGCAUUCUUCUCACAGAAGGCCACAGCCCAUUCAGAAGGGUUGUACAAUUGUGAGGCAAAGACCGAAGGAAUCACGCAAGUGAGCAACAGCAUUCGAUUAAGUGUAGUCAUUCCACCACGGCAUACCAGGAUAACCACUGACCCCUUCCCUGCAAUCCUUUACGAGGGGUCGAGAUUGGUUUUGAACUGCGAAGUUGCAAGUGGCUCGCACCUCUCCUACACCUGGUUUUUCAACAGGAUGCAAAUUACUUCUUUUACCUCGCAACAGCUGCAUGUUACUGGGAACAAACUUGUAAUAGAAAGAGUCACUCCAAAGCAUGCGGGAUAUUAUUCAUGUAUGGCAUGGUCCAGAGUGCGAGAUGUCCAAAGCAUUUCCAGCAGCUCAGAAGUCAAGGUGGCAGUCAAAGCCUAUCUUUUAAAACCGGAGAUUUCUCUUUCCAUCUUCAAAGAGGGAACCAGUUACCGUGGCAACGUGACCUGCUGGUCAUCCAGAGGAACUCCUCCUGUCAACUUCUCUCUUUUGUUGGAUGACAAGGUGGUGGCUUCUGUUCUAACUUCUGACUCUGCUAGUGCUUGGUUCAGUAUAGACGUGGUUCCUGGGCUGGAUAUGGGCGUGGUUCGAUGUUGCGUGAAUAGUGAAGUGCAGCAAUUGAUGAGUGAACCUCUGACACUGGAAGUGGUUCCAGUUGGAGGUGACGUAAACGUUGAAGUUGAAUAUCUCUACAGCUCGAACUCCAAACCGGCUGCGGCCAGACUGACAUGCCACAUCAGUCGAGGGUCUUUUCCUUUAAUUUCUUGGCUUCAUAAUGACUCCACUCUUCUUUCUGAGACACAAAUGAGCUUACAAAUUCAGAAUAUCUGGCCUCAGUAUGCUCUGAUAGACUGGAAACGUACUCUUAUUCUGGCCAAGCUGCGCCACGAGGAGUCAGGGUAUUACCGAUGCAGGGCCAGGGAUAGCUAUGACGAAUCUGCUGCCUGGCUGGAAAGUGGAGCUGUCCUAAUCCAAGUAAAAGACUGGAUGAUUGACAACAAACCCCAAGAAGCAGUGUCUUCAGCAACAUCAGCAACAACUACGGAGAUCAUCGCAAUAAUUUUCUGCUGCUUUCUCCUCGUCACUUUGGCAGUCAGUAGCUACUGCGUGUACAUGAUGAUUGGCCACAAAAAAGCUCGUCGCCUCAGUUCAUCCCCAAAUGUGUUCAUUUCAGGAUUGUUCCUUCCAGUGCCUCUUCUGAUCGACUGCCUUUUUCUGUACCUGUCUUACCCUUGGAGGCCAAACAGGGUGAUGCGUGCUUAACAGACUGCGGUAUAAACAUUCAGAUGAUGGAGAUCACUGUAUGAAAGUGCACAUUUCUUCAAACACAUUCCCCAUUUCAUUUCAUUUCUGCUCUGUUAAUUAUGAUGUUAUUGUAAUUAACACAUUUUGACCUGAGUUGCUAUAAAGACAUUAAAGCAUUUAUCAACAAAAAAGAUUGAGCAGCAUUACUGUACAUUUGGAAUCUCGGACAAAUGAAUUUGUCAUGCCUUGUGAUGAGUUUUGUUAACAUUUUGCCCUAGUAUGUCUGGUCAUUGUGAUUAUCCAUUGAUUUCACCUGUUGUUGCAAUCUCCUUGUGUCUUGACCAAUCAGCUGCCUCAUGCAUCAACCACCUGUGUCUCAUCGUCUCGUUACUCCAUGUCGGUAUUCAAGUUCCCCAUGUGCUGUCUGUUCUUGUUAGGUCUUCGUCAAUCCAAGUGUCUAUCUGAUGUCUUUCCUCCGUCCAAGCCCUAGUUCCUCUUUAAGUAGGAUUUGAUACCUUUGUUAGUGCCCUGAGUUUUGUUUACUUUGCUGUUUUGGACUUUUGUUUGAGCUUUGUGGGUUUUUAAAAAAAAUUUAUUUAACAUUAUUAAACCAUUUUGGAGUUCACCACCACCACUCGCCUCCCCGUUUUCCUGCU